AUGGGAGCCUCCUGCCUGAGCAUCGUCCCCCUCCUCAAAGCCUUCCUCCGCCGCUCGGCAACGGCGGCCGGCCUCACCUCUCAGGCGGCGGCCAUUGACGGCGACACCACCAUCCACUUUUGGGGUCCACCUCCGGCUGCCGCUGCUGCCUCCUCCAAGCCGAAGCUCGUCCUCAUUCACGGCUUCGGGCCCGCCGGUAUUUGGCAGUGGCGGGAUCAGAUCUCGUUUUUUGCAGGAGAAUUCGACGUCUACGUGCCGGACCUCGUUUUCUUCGGCGGCUCUUCUACCGAGUCCGCCAGCCGGUGUGAGAUCUUUCAGGCGACUUGUUUGGCGAAACUACUUGAAAAGCUCGGAGUUCGCAGGUACUCGCUGGUUGGGACGAGCUACGGAGGUUUCGUGGCGUACCACAUGGCGGCAAUGUGGCCGGAAAGAGUCGAGAAGGUGGUGAUCGCCAGCUCAGCCGUGAACCUACGGCGACAUGAUAACGACGAGCUUUUGAGGAAAGCAAAAUCCGACAAGAUUGAGGAUUUGUUGAUGCCGGUCACGACUGGGCAACUUCGAACUUUGCUCCGUCUUGUGAUUUUCCGGCGCGUCUACCUUCCCGAUUUCAUACUCAACGAUUUUCUUCAUAAUUUGUUUUGUGAGAACAGGAAAGAGAAGCUGGAACUCUUGCAAGGAUUGACAAUUGGACAAGAUGACACUCUAAACAUAUCUCCCCUCUCACAGGAAGUGUUGAUUGUGUGGGGUGAGCGUGACCAGAUAUUUUUAUUGGAGAAAGCAGUGGAGCUCAAUAAAUUGUUAGGGGAAAAUGCAAGGUUACAAGUCAUACAAAGAGCGUCUCAUGCUCCCCAGCUUGAACAACCGGGAAGGUUCAACAACAUUGUUAAAGAUUUCUUAAAUGGGCAAAUGCAAUAA